AAGCUUCCUCCACGACAUUGACGACCAAUAUUCACUGCGGACGCAUACACUCUUGUACUUUCGUCGUUCUUUAGUCCUUCAAGACAUAAUAUUGCGGCAUUUCUAACCGAAGGAGAGAAAAGGAGAGUUCAAACUUUACCUGUGCCACAUUAUAGUUAGACCUCGAUGUCCGGCGUUGCUUGGCACUAUGUCCUUAAGUUCAUCAUUACUGGUGACGCCUCGGUAGGGAAGUCAUCGCUCCUCAUUCGCUUGACAGACCAACGCUUUCUCACAAAUCCGGACCCGACACUAGGAGUAGAAUUUGGCUCCAAGUUGAUUACAAUUCCCGAAGAGAAUAAGAUCGUGAAACUGCAAUGUUGGGACACAGCAGGGACUGAGUCCUUUCGGUCAAUCACUCGGUCAUACUAUAGAGGGGCAGCAGGAUGUCUACUCGUCUAUGACGUUACGAACCGACAAAGCUUUCAGAAUGCCCGUUCGUGGCUGGCAGAUGUACGGGAACACGCAGACCCACAUCUAACAUGCAUUCUCGUUGGCAACAAAGUCGACCUCUGUUCUGAUCCCGCAAAUUCAGAAAGCGCAGCACCUCAAUUAUCCUCGGGCCAACGCUCUCGCGAGGUUCUCACUGAGGAGGCGGAGCUUUGGGCAAAAGAAGAAGAUUUGCUGUUCGUCGAGGCAAGCGCCAAGUCUGGUGUGAACGUAGAAGCUGCAUUCGAAGCUGCAACAAGGGACAUCUUGGAUAAGAUUCGUAGAGGUGUGUUUGACGACGAUCGGUCACUGGGUGUGAAACAGUCAAAACCUAGAAACGACUCGCUCACGCUCGAAACGUCUUCGAAGAAAUCUGGUUGUUGUUGAUAUAUGUUCAUGAUCCACCUGAAUAUGGUAUACCCUGGGGAUUUUAUACGGACUUGAAAGUUUUUAUGUAUGAUUGUGUAACAUACUGUACACUAAUUCAUCGCGCCACUUCCGACUCUGAAUUUUACUUGAG